CUACCGCAUCUCCCUUCGUAUAAGGGAUCCUUUUCCGCCAUUCUCCGAGAAAGAAACCCUGUCUCAGCCCAGCCGCCGGAGAGGAGACGCGACGAUGAAGUACAACCCGAGAGUUUCGAGCUCCCGGCGCAAGUGCCGGAAGGCGCACUUCACGGCGCCGUCGAGUGUCCGGCGGGUGCUGAUGAGCGCGCCUCUCUCGUCGGACCUCCGCAACAAGUACAACGUCCGCUCCAUCCCCGUCCGCAAGGACGACGAGGUCCAGGUGGUGCGUGGCACCUUCAAGGGCCGUGAGGGCAAGGUCGUGCAGGUGUACCGCAAGAAGUGGGUGAUCCACGUCGAGCGCAUCACCCGGGAGAAAGUGAACGGCGCCACCGUUAACGUCGGCAUUCACCCCUCCAAGGUCAUCGUCACCAAGCUCAAGCUCGACAAGGACCGCAAGGCCCUCCUCGACCGCAAGGCCCGCGGCCGCGCCGCCGACAAGGCCAAGGGUAAGUUCUCCGCCGAGGAGGUCGCUGCCGCCGCCGCUCCCUCCCUCCAAGAGGUCGACUGAUCAUCCGAUCGUUCUAUUGGUCAUAGCAAUAGAUCUAUGGGAUCUCGUUCUUUAUCUGCUUGUCUGGGUAUCAUCUAUUAGGGUUUUUGUUUUUUUUGCUUUUGUUACUAGUGUUGAGAGAUUUUGGCUCUAAGAUGGAAAAAGUUAUAAGUUUUGAACUCUGUGUUAUUUCUGCUAUAUCAUAUGUUGAUUUAAGACGAUGUUUUUCUUAUUCCUUAGUUCUUAUUCGGAUUUGGAUUUACUGGUUUGAUCUGCA